AUCAGGGCUAAAGCAGUCGACUUACUACGCAGAAAAUCACCGAAGAUCUGGAACCUAUACCUCACAAUCAACAAGCGAGCUCAAAGAAAACACUGGUUUAUACUAGCUCGUAAUCAGGAUAUUGAUUAUUGGACAAGGUCGACGCACCUUUGAGCGGAAGGUCAGGUGCUGUACUGAGCCAUCAUAGUUAAGGCAUGUUACCGAACUUGCCUGGAAAGAUAGUAAAGAACCUUGCAAAUUAUCCAGCUCUUAUCAAACAAUCAGCUCUUGAAUUAUUUGAACGAGUAAAAUCAUCUGAUCGUCGUAUCUAUGAGGUUUACGAUAAUUUGACUGGUCUAGAUCGUGUUAGAUCUUUACAUGUUGGAGUAGCUGAGGCUGAAAAAAACUUUACACAGAAGCAAGUUAAACGGAAAGAAUGUCAAAAGGAAGUUUUUCUGUUAGAAGAAGCACGAAAUCGAAUCAAUGUACAAAUGGACAGUGUCAGACGCAGUGAUGAAAGUUUUUUGAAAUUAGUCACAGAGUUACAUGAGCUUUCACGUCAAUAUCAACUGGCUCGUGAUCGAUUAACAUCAAUUGAAUCAGAUGAACAUAUUGCCUUUGAACAAUUCUCCAGUAUCUUACGUCAUUCUCAAGCUGAAGAAAGAAUUCAAGCCAACAGGAUGCGACAAUGGACUGUUGGUUUUAGUUUAGCUGCUGGAUUAAUCGGUUUCGGGGCAACAUGGAUACGAUUUCGUCAACUUGAUAAGCAGACAAGCUCAAAUCACUUGACAGCAGCUAGUAGUGAAGUUGCCGAAUUCUCCACACAAGAUUUGAUUACAGCUGUUCAGUUAUCAGAAAAGAAAUACCGAGCCGUCUUAAAUGAAUUGGUCGUACUCAUAAAUAAUUUAAAUGAUUCUGUGAAGUCAAUUAACGAAGCAGCAUUAAAAGUUGCCGAAUUCUCCACGCAAGAUUUGAUUACAGCUGUUCAGUUAUCAGAAAAAUCUGUGAAGUCAAUUAACGAAGCAGCAUUAAAAAUAUCUAGUGCUGAUCAUCUUCCAAUGAAACCGUCUUCUUCUUUAACUGAUAUCGACAAAUUCAAGGUGUUUGACAAAAAUAUGUCCUAUACAAGCUAUGCUGGAAUUGCUGCACUCGCGUCUGUUUUACUUCUAUUUUGGUUGAAUCGAUGAAGUAGAGAAUAUCCGGUUUUGAUGAUGAUGAUGAUGUAGUUAUUUUUUUUUUAAAUUUUUGAUUUUUCGUCUGUUUUCUUACUUAUUUAUGUGUGAAAUACUCCCAGUUUUCUACUGUAAUCCCCCGGCGCCCCUCCCCCCGACGGCUCAUGAUAUAUGUAUGACCUUUUGGUUGGUUUGUAAACACCUUUACUCCAAAUAAUUCGAUUCCUCCUCCUCUUCUUCGUGUAUUACUACUGCAUGAAAUUGAGUCCUUCUUUAGAUUGAUAUAGUUGAUGAGAAAUGUAUAUAUAUAUAUAUAUAUAUAUAUAUAUAUAUAUAUGGAUAUAUGGAUAUUUACAUAUUUUUGCUUGUGUGUGUAGUAUUAUUUUUUACUGGUUCCCUAAUAAAGAAAAAAGUGCUUCUUCUUCUUCUCUGAUUAGUGUUCAAAUGAUUUUAUUGAUUGAUUGAUUGAUUAGUGAAUAUUUUUCUAUAUGUGUGUAUAUUUUCUUCAUUUUUCUUCAAUGUGUAGUAGAUUGUUGGCUAUAAAGUUGUACGAGUUGAUCACGGAUUGAUAUCAGUUAGAGAACCAUUGAAAACCAGGGAGUACUGGACUCGUAAAACAUAACUAAUCCUUACAAACCAAAACUAUAUAAAGUUGUACUCAUGUUGUUUAAUUCUUUCUUAUGCUAACUUCAUGAGAUAAUAUAAAUAUACACU